AUGUUUACCAUGGCUGCUGUGUAUAGCUAUAUUUCCCAAUAUUGCCGCAUCUUGGUGUUUCUCAUUGUGGCUGCUGUCCAUGUCUUUUGUUGUGGUGCUUCAGAUGAAGGCAAAGAUGUCUACAUUGUGUACAUGGGUUCAUUGCUAGAGGGUGAAUACUCAACCGCGUCUCUCCAUCUUAGCGUUCUUCAACAAGUUCUAGGAGAAAGUUCUGCCACUGGCUCUCAUGUUAAAAGCUACACUAGGAGUUUCAAUGCAUUUGCAGCCAGGCUGAGUGAUGAAGAGCAUCAAAUCAUUGCGAGCAGGAAGGAAGUGGUCUCUGUUUUUCCAAGCAGAACUCUUCAACUUCAAACGACAAGAUCGUGGGAUUUUAUGGGUUUAACUGAAACUGUGAAACGAAAUCCGACAGUUGAGAGUGAUGUAAUAGUAGGCGUUAUUGACAGCGGAAUCUGGCCUGAAUCAGAGAGCUUUAGAGAUUCAGGAUAUGGUCCACCUCCUGCGAAAUGGAAGGGUACUUGUGCUGGUGGUUCCAACUUUACCUGCAACAAUAAGCUCAUUGGAGCCCGAGUUUAUAAUGGUACUUCUGCAAGGGACAUUGAAGGUCAUGGUACCCACACUGCCUCAACAGCAGCUGGUAUCAAAGUAUCAGGUGCAAGUUUUUUCGGUUUGGCGGAGGGCAAGGCAAGAGGAGGUGUUCCGUCAGCAAGGAUUGCGGCAUACAAAGCUUGUAGUGAAUAUGGGUGUCGAGACCAAGACAUCCUUGCUGCUUUUGACGAUGCUAUUGCAGAUGGGGUUGAUCUCAUCACCAUUUCAGUCGGCGGAGACUCAAAAGCAUUUGAAAAUGAUUCUAUUGCUAUUGGUUCUUUUCAUGCGAUGGAGAAAGGUAUACUCACCGUUCAGGCUGCCGGAAAUAAUGGCCCCAGUUCAUCAACGGUCGGUAGUGUUGCCCCGUGGUUGCUGUCUACAGCGGCCAGCAGCAUAGAUCGUAAGAUCAUUGAUAAGGUUGUUCUUGGGAAUGGAAAGACACUCAUUGGAAAUGGAAUAAGUUCUUUUACACAGAGAAAAGGAAAAAAAUUCCCUAUGAUACAUGGAAAAGAUGCUUCCACUACUUCUUGCGCUAAUCCUACUUUAGCUCGGGUUUGCAGCGCGGGUUGUUUGAAUAGUAGCUUGGUAAAAGGAAAGAUUGUGGUGUGUGAUUGGGCAAACGGAUGGGGAGAAGCUUUCAGAGCUGGCGCCGUUGGAUCAAUCACGUUAGAUAAUAUUGAAAAAAUGCAUGGUUUCAAUUAUGUACUUCCCUUACCUACAUCUACCUUAACGGCCCAUAAAUAUGGUGUAGUCAAGACCUACGUGAAUUCUACCAAAAACCCGCAAGGAAACAUAUUGAAAAGUGAAGUAACGAAAAACUCAGCCGCUCCAGUAGUUGCUUCCUUCUCUUCACGUGGGCCAAAUCUCGUUGCACCAGACAUUUUGAAGCCUGAUAUAACGGCCCCGGGAAUAGAAAUUUUGGCAUCAUAUUCCCCAGUGAGUCCACCUUCUGGAAACCCCAAGGACAAGAGGUCCGCCAAGUACAGUAUAAUGUCUGGGACAUCCAUGUCUUGCCCACAUGCAGCUGGCGCAGCUGCUUACGUGAAAACCUUUCACCCCGAUUGGUCUCCAUCAGCCAUCAAAUCUGCGCUAAUGACCACCGCUUGGCCAAUGAAUGCCACAAAAGAAGCCGAAGAUGAAUAUAGAGAAGGAGAAUUUGCUUUUGGGGCAGGCCAUGUCAAUCCCGUAAAAGCAAUAGAUCCUGGUCUAGUGUAUGAAACGUCUAAAGACGACUACAUAAAAAUGCUCUGCAGUAUGCAACUUAGUUUCUUUGGAACUUGUCCAAGUGAAAAUAAAGGGUCUCCAAAGGAUCUCAACUACCCAUCAAUGCAAGUUCGCGUUGAAACAGGGAAAAGCUUCGCAGUUGAAUUCCCAAGAACAGUAACAAAUGUAGGCCUUGCAAACUCUACUUUCGUAUCAAAAGUCAUAACAGAUUCUCAAAUGAAUGUUAGUGUGAAGCCUAGUAUUCUCUCCUUCAAGUCGUUGAAAGAGAAGAAGUCUUUUGUUGUGAUUGUGUCUGGGAAGGCCUUACCAUCACCUAAACGGGUAUCUGCAGCGCUUGUGUGGUCUGAUAGAACUCACAUUGUGCGAAGUCCGAUUGUUGUGUACACGUCUUUCUUAUAG